AUGAAGACCAGCACCGUCGGGGCCGUUGUUGCUGCCGUCGCCUCUGCCCUUUAUGGAGGUGUGCUGUUUCCGCAGAUACCCAGCCCUGCUGACCCCGAUGUGUCUGAGCUCAGCUUGCGCUUCACAGACGUGAUCAGCAAGUCAGCGAACUUGAGCAUCACCAGCAAGGGACAAAUGGUGAGAGACCGUGACACCUUCUUCUGGUCACUCUUCACGGACAAGUUUGGCAGCAAUCCCAACACGCCUUACAUGUGGAAUGCGCUGCCGGCUUUCGGCUUCCUACUGCCAAGUCCCAUGUGGAAUCUGAGGCGUGAUGAUGCCGUGGUUCUCCUGGCGCGGCGCCCUCCUAACGUCGAGUACUUCUCCUUCACCACCUUCGCAUUGUGGAUCCCACGGCGUGGGCUGCAGUUCAGCAGUUUGGGAGACAGCGCCCCUUGCCAGAAAGGUGAGUACAGGGUCAACAACUUGAACAUUCGCGAGACUCCCGAGGGCCUCUUUGCACAUGUGGUUACGGCGAACCAGCGGACCUUUGAGCUCGUUCAGCUGGCCCUGGUCAGCAGUGGCCUUCCCAGCAGUGCCAUCAACUUGGCCGUGGUGCCCUCUGACAUCGGCGGACUCUUCGACGACUGGACACAUUUCGAGACGGUGCUGCGGCUCUUUCGCUUCGCAAACCAGAGCGAAGGAGAUGCAUACCUCCACUCACAUCAUCCAGUCUACUACAUCAGGGCUGCACACGGCGAGGUCUCCCCACUGCCUACGCCGGUCUACAAAGGCCGGCACCACCCAGAAAGUGUCCGCGAAGGCGGCCUGCAGGCUGAAUUCGAGGCCUACAACCGGAAGAUGCUUGAGAGGGUGGGCCAAGCCCUUUCGCGAGAGCUACCAUCGGUGCCUGCCUUGCCCUUUGCACCGCUGAUGAUUCAAGGCCUGCAGUGCUUGAGGCAGGAGGGCACCGAGUGCCUCGGGGACUGCCCGGACGCAGCAUAUUUCGGGCCGAAUGUCCUUGAGGAGAGCGAUGUGAUCGACAUGCUGAACAUGUCAGAAGAAGACCUGCACCUGAUAAGCCUCGUGAACCAUCGGCUUCUGAACGCCUCGACCUAUGGAAGCGUGGCCGUGCUUAAGAGCUCCCAGCCAACGCUCAGCAAGACUCACAUGAGUAUCCGUGCCACGAGCCUGGGAGUCACGAGCUUUGACUUCCCACAGCAUCGGUUUGCGACAUGGGCAUUUACCAGGAAUGCAGAAGUUUGUGAGCAGUUGGGGCAAGCUGUAGCUGGCUGCUCACUGGUGGAAGACAGCCACGUAGAGCUUGCCGGCUACCUGACGUACUGCGAGAGAGACUGGCAGGACCUGAUCUCAGCCAGGCUCUACCGCCUGAAGCUGGAUGAGUUGCCCGCGCAAGAACAUCAGGACUUCGUGGAGGCUGUGCCAAAAAAUCUGCCGCCGGCUGGUCACAUAACCAUCUUCAACGCAUCUGCGCGCUUUCACUUCAUGCAUGUGAUCAAGACGGGUGGAGAGUCGCUGGAGCUGCACCUGUCCGCUCAGCCUUCGCCAAAAAUCGACUACGGUCCGUGCCGCAGCGCGGCGGUGGCCCGGGCCUGGCCCCAGACGACGGCGCGGCUUUCCUGCGCCACCUGGGCCCGAGCUGUCAGCCUGGCACUCUGCGGGUUGAACUGUGAGUGCUGUGCCUCUGACAUCUUGCACGCAAGCCUUGCAAAAGACGAGAAAGAAGGCGGCUUUCUCAAGGGCACCCUUCUCCGCUCUCCCAGGGCCCAUGUCCUGUCCCUGUUCUCCCACUGCCACGCGGCUCACCACAAUAAUUGGCAGCGGAUUUGGGAUGACUUUCCCCAGUACGCUGCCGAAGGCCUCCUGCGGGCGACGGAGGCUGCCUGCGACAGCCACUGCACUCACUUUGAGCCUGAGCCACUUGCAGACCUCCGCAGCCAGCUUGAGAAUCCCAACCGCAGUGGCCAGGUCGAGGUAAUUCCCUUUCUGCGGAACAUCCAAUCGCAUGCUCUGACUUGUAGCACAGCGCAUGGCAAUCUGGGCCAGCACUUCCGAGACACGCACUUUGAUGAGAGUCUGCCGUCACUCGAAGGUGCUCUGGCCACGCUCCGGCGCUUUGACUGGGUUGGGCUGACGGAUCUCUACGAACACAGCGUGUGCCUUCUACACUUCCAAGCAAAUGGGAGCUUGCCUCCCUCCUGCGACUGCUCUUCCUCCUCACGCUUUGUGCUGCCGAAGUUCACUCAUGGGCAUAGGGCACUUGCUGCAGAGCGACUGCAGCCAGACAUCUUGGCCCGCAUAGACGCCUCCACCACUGUGGAUGCCCAGCUCUUUGCUGAGGCUUUGAGGCUACUCCUGGGCCGGCUGAAGGCAGUGGAGGCGCUCACUGGGGCCCAGUUGUUGCGCUGCAUCCCCUGGCGACGGCUCUGGCGCCGCACGCGGUACAUCCCAGGGCUUUGGCUGGACUCGGAGUCCUACGCUGCAGGGUUCAGGACGUGA